AUGGCGCUUGGCUCAACUUCGGCUCAGUCGCACCGCCACUGCUCAGGAUGCUCACCUUUAACUCACUUUUCUAUCCAAACUCAGUUAACCAGUCCCAAUUAUAGAACAUACGGAAUAUCUAAGGCUAUUACCGAAGGCGCGCGCUGGUUUAUAGGGUCGUGCCUAGUUAUUGCUGAGCGAAGCGAAGCAUACCGAGUAUCUGGAUCGUACUAUUGGUGUACUAGGAGGAGCAUUUGUGCUGGAGCUCGAUGUCAAUGCCUGAGUGAGAGGUAUAACGUUAUCGGGGGUUUCUUCUCUUUCCGCAGUGGAAUCCGGACUCGACGCAAUCAACACCCACUCCUUGCCUCCAAAAGCCAUUUCUAUAUUUCUAUGGUCGAUGGGCCAAAGUUUGUUAUCAUCGACUGGGAGUUCUCUGGGUGGUAUCCUAGCUAUUGGGAGUAUUCAAGGGCGCUGUUUGGCUACUGGAUCGAGCAAGCCCUGAAGCCGUUUCGAUCCGAAUAUGCCUGGUUACUACUAUUUCUCAUAGAACUAUUUUCCCGAUGCAGUGGACACACCCGGAGCUGGAAAUCAACAACUCAAGAUGUUCUACGUUCUACUAGGCCCUCCCAGUCGGUGGGGUUGGUAUAUAUGUACCUAAUUGUAUUUCCGAAAGACGCCAGCAUUUCGAACUCUCGUGCCUUCAUAGAUCCGAAGCGAUAUGUAACACCUAGGUGGAUAGUCCACCGCAUCGCAAAUACUUUACAACAAGGUCGCUUUACGCAGCGCCAGUUGGACGCAUCGCCUUUUGGAGUCUUCUGGGCCGGCAUCGACGCAGAUUCCCAUCAUCAGCGACAUGAAACAAAUUCGAUCGCCCGUGUCACCAUAUAUCUACUUCCAUCUUUAGUACUUCUGGUUUCCUUCUCUCUUCACGCGCUGAGCUGGAUUAUCAAGCGAGUACAUUUGCCAGUCCCCUUUGCGAAGGUUUUUGCCGAACUCAACUUCUGGUUUGGAGGAGAAAGAACGGUAAUCUAUAUCAUAAUCUCUUCUUGCAUGUUGUUCCUCGCUAUUGUUGAUAUCCAAUUCCAUAUCGUCGAUUUUUUCGGAGGAGGCAUCUUGAGGUACAGGCCGGAAAUGGAAUCUUUGUGCAACUCGCACCUGAUGAUAUGGGGAGCCUACCAUUUGCUACCAUUAUGUCGCACGGGUGGUUCUGGAGGGACCCGCUCGCUGAUCAUUUUAGCGUCUAUGCCAUUCAAGCUUUCACAUCAAUAUGAAUAUUUCCAACCCCCAUCCUUUGGAAAAGGUUGUAAAUUGGCUAUCGACGAAGUGUACGAAACGACCUCCUUACAUAUAUACAACUACCUUGAGAACAAGGCUAAUGGCGAAACGGGUUUGAUGGGACCCAUAGGAUUCAACGAUUUACAAUUCAAAACUGCUGAGGUUUUGGACAAUGCGGCUAAUCUAGGGGAAAAACACACGACAUCACGACGAGCACAGAUCAGCCAACAUAGUGAGGCGGCACAUAUGAUAGAGAAGACAAUUUGA